CCUUAAGGUGACGUUAUAACCUUCCUUGAGGUUAUUUAAUCGGCGGUCAAUUCAUUGGAAUUAGGAUUCGUCGACUGGAUAAUGUCAUCAGGGCAGGGUCUGGUGAACAAAGUGCCCAGGGUGAGGGAAGUGCUCAACGACCCGGAAAAGAGUCUGGCCGAAAGGUUCCGCGCCCUCUUCACCCUGAGGAACAUCGGCGGCCCCGAGGCGGUCCAGGCGAUCGGCGAAUGUUUCAGCGAUUCAUCCGCACUCCUCAAACACGAACUGGCCUACUGCCUGGGUCAGAUGCAGGACAAAACGGCCAUCCCGAUUCUCGUCGGUGUCCUCGAGGACAAGUCCGAAAACCCGAUGGUUAGGCACGAAGCCGGGGAAGCGUUAGGAGCGAUUGGCUGUAGUAGUGUACUUGACCUCUUGGAAGAAUAUAGUAAAGACCCACAGUUGGAAAUAGCGCAAACCUGCCAAUUAGCAAUAGAAAGGAUAAAAGGUUCAAAUGAAAAACCUAAUAAUACAAAUAGUAAAUACCUCUCUGUCGAUCCUGCUCCGGCAGAAUCCAUGAACGAUAUAGAAAAAUUAACAGAAACUCUACUCAAUGAUAAAGAAAAUCUUUAUAAAAGGUAUAAAGCGAUGUUCGCCCUGAGAAAUAUCAACAGUGAAGAAAGCAUAAUAGCGCUUUGUCAAGGUUUGAAAAAAGGUAGUGCCUUGUUUAGACACGAAAUUGCGUUUGUUCUCGGCCAAAUGCAAGAAGCGUCUAGUGUGCCUUAUUUAGUUGAAUCACUCGCCGACGAGAAUGAAAACGAGAUGGUGAGGCACGAAUGUGCCGAAGCGCUCGGUUCAAUCGCAACCGAAGAUUGUGUGGAAGUCCUGAGAAAAUAUUUAAACGAUAAAAGCCGUGUGGUGAGAGAAAGUUGUCUUGUCGCCCUGGACAUUGCAGAUUACGAAGAGUCCAAUGAUUUCCAAUAUGCAAACACCGCUCUCAAAUCAAGACUCAGAAUAUGAAACAAAUACUGCAUCACCUCCAACAUUCACCAGACACUGGGCCUAGAAAGGAAAAUAUUUAUGAUGACAAAAUUAAUUUUCAUUUCGUUAAGAAAUUUGCAGAUUUUUAAUUACUUGGUUUUUAUGGGCAUUGUUUGUCAAAUGACAUUCAGACAUAGUGUAAGAAACAAGAGCAUUUCCUCCAAUAGCUGUAACAUGA